CCCCGCGCUCCUCCCCCGGCGGAGGCAGGCCGGGCUGCAAGAUGGCGGCGGCGGAGGAGCGGCUCCUGUCGGAGGGGGACGGCGGCGCCCUGUGCGCGGCGCGGCUCUCCCCGACCCCGCUCCCGCCGGCUCCCGAGGCCCCGGCGCUGCUGGAGCAGCCCCCGCAGAGCAACACGCUGAUGGGGCUGCCCAUCGUGGCCAUCGAGAGCAUCCUCAGCUUCCUGUCCUACGACGAGACCAGCCAGCUCCGCCUGGUUUGUAAACGAAUGGACUUGGUUUGCCAGCGAAUGCUGAAUCAGGGAUUUCUAAAAGUGGAGAGAUACCACAACUUGUGUCAAAAGCAAGUUAAAGCUCAGCUUCCAAGACGGGAGUCAGAAAGAAGAAACCAUUCAUUAGCUCGUCAUGCAGACAUCCUUGCUGCUGUAGAAACACGACUUUCUCUGUUAAAUAUGACUUUCAUGAAGUAUGUGGAUUCCAAUCUCUGCUGCUUCAUACCUGGAAAGGUAAUAGAUGAAAUUUACCGUGUGCUAAGAUACGUAAACUCUACAAGAGCUCCUCAGAGAGCUCAUGAAGUUCUCCAGGAACUAAGGGACAUUUCUUCCAUGGCUAUGGAAUAUUUUGAUGAGAAGAUUGUUCCAAUACUGAAAAGGAAGCUGCCUGGGUCAGAUGUAUCAGGACGUCUUAUAGGAGCUGCCCCAGUUCCAGGGCCCUCAGCAGCACUAACAACCAUGCAGCUGUUCUCCAAGCAGAACCCUUCGAGACAAGAAGUCACCAAACUCCAGCAGCAAGUAAAAGCCAACGGUGCGGGCGUGACAGUGCUCAAGCGGGAAAUCUCAGAGCUUCGCACCAAAGUGCAAGAGCAACAGAAACAACUCCAAGAUCAAGAUCAGAAACUGCUAGAGCAAACACAAAUCAUAGGCGAACAGAACGCCCGACUGGCUGAGCUUGAACGCAAGCUGCGAGAGGUGAUGGAGAGCGCAGUAGGAAGUUCUUCAGGCUCUGGCUCAAACGAACAAUCUCCUAGAAAAAGGAGGAAGGCGGUUGAAUCCACAGACUGUCCUAGGAAAUCUAAACGCCUUCGAAACAGAAAAUAACUUGGGAGGAAAUGACACCUUCAGGAGGAUACACUGCUUCAGUAGCCCAAGCAGCUCUGCUUGUGUGGAUACUGUGACUAGUUUCAUGGUGUCCCUUAGGCUGCUGGCUCUUCAAAACACCACUUAGACUUGAACAGUAAUUUUCUUUCAUUAAGACUUUUCCCCUGCUUCCUGUAUGGGUGGGCCUAAUGCACAGGAUCUUUAAGAUUUGCAAUAGAUACAUACUAACCAGACCUGCUCUGUUACAUUUUGAAGGGUUAAUUUUUUUUUUUUUCUGUGCAGAUGUGUUUAAAGUAAACUUAUUUGUGUUUAUGCAUAUGUUCACAUAAACUCUUAAAUAAAUUCAGUCUUAACUGACAAAAAAGUUAAGCUUAAAAACAGAUGUCCUGUUCACUUGAAGAAAAGACCCGCUUUUAAAAUCCUGUUUUAGAGAACUUGACCUUUUUUGUUACAAGUGACCUUGUCUGGAAUGUCUGAAAAGCAGUUAAUACUUUUUUGGGAUCUCUGUAAUGAGUAAAACUGACUUCUUAAGCUACAGUACUGGCUAUAUAUUUUUGUAAACUUAACAAGGAAGGGCCUUCUAUCCAGUCUUCAUGUGCGCACACCCUAGUAAUUCUUAGGUCCUGGGAGCCAUAUUCUACGUUUGCAUGGAUAGAUGCAUGUACAGCUUAGCCUGAUAAAAGCUCUUGCCUGAAAUUGUUCUAAAUUCUGGGAGAGAGUACAGAGACCUACAAAGCAAUUUCUUUGUUCCUCAGCCAUAACUUAGCAUCAGCUUUCAGCACAACUGCUUUCUUCAAAUGAGGUUGUCUUACGAAGCUAGUUGCAGGAGGACUUGAACCCAGGCUGUCUGCCACUUUCACUGCCUGUAAAUUGCAGGUGUUGCUAGCCAAAGCUGGAGAAUUGAGAAGCUGCCUAUGCAUCGCUUGAUUCAUAGGCCAACAUCUAAAUAAAUAUUAGACACAUUGUCCCUACAAUAACCAAACUCAGGGGGACAUAAUUUGAAUGAAAUGCUGUAUUAUGGAAAAAGUUAAACUAUUUUGUGUGUAUGUGUUCGGGGUGGGGUGGGGUGGAGAUUUCCUCUGUAAUACUGAUGACAAUAUUCUAGCUUUCUUCAUCCUAAAAGGUAAAUCACUUCAGACAAAGCUUUAAUUUCUUUUGCACUUCUGUUUUGAGCUUGUAACUGGAAAAGCAUGUCUUGCACUGUUCAGUCUCUCUGGUCACUUUAACAACCUCAGAGUUGUGUACAGUGAUUUCUUUUCCCAUCUGUAUAUUUUUGGAAUCUUAUACAAAUACCAUUGUCCUUGUUUUUGUUUUAUUGUACUAAACUAUGUAGCUUUAUCAUUUGACUUAUGUUUUUUUUUUUUUUUUUAAAUCAGCUGCUGGUUUGGGCUUAGGUGGUACUGAAUUCACCUUGAUGUGGCAAUGAAAAGCACAGAUGCUGCUUUUAUGGCUGUUCAAAAGCCUAAUACUAUAACCAGAGAAAAUACUAUGCUAAUACUAUAACCAGUGCAGGUUUUUCUUACGGUUUGUGUAGCUGUCAGCAUAACACAGUAGUUAUACUAAAAUCACCAAACAAAUCAGAAAUCUUCUGAUCAAAUGUUCUGGAUCUGUAGAACUGUCAUUUUUUUCCUGAAACGGAAGCUACAGCUUUUGCUUCUGGAACAUACUAACUCAUAUCAGAAGUAACACUGCAAAUGCCUAAUUUUUUUUAGCAGACAUUUGAUUUUCAAAUAAACUUGUUUGCCAGA